GUCGUCUUAGCUUUUAGGGUUUACAUAGUAGCUAUUAUAUUUUAUAAAAUAUUUUUUCUUGAUUUAAUCUUGAUAACCUAAUGAAGUGGUGAUAUAUAGUAAACAAUAUUUGAGUAUUUUAGGUGGCAAUGGAAUCCCAAGAAUUUCGUAGAUUCGGGAAAGAAGUGAUAGAUCUAAUAGCAGAUUACAUAGAAAACGUUCGAGAUCGCAAUGUUUUGCCAUCGGUGGAGCCUGGAUAUCUUUUAAAAAUGCUCCCAGAAGAAGCUCCAGAGCAACCAGAACAUUGGCAUGAUGUUGUAAAGGAUGUUCAUAAUACAAUAUUACCAGGCCUUACCCAUUGGCAGUCGCCGCAAUUUCAUGCAUUUUAUCCAGCAGGCCAUUCGUAUGCCAGUAUUUUAGGCAGUAUGCUGAAUGAUGGCUUGUCUAUCAUCGGUCUUAGCUGGAAAGCUAGUCCAGUUUGCACAGAAUUAGAAGUGAUAACUAUGAACUGGUUUGGAAAAUUACUUGGUCUCCCGGAGGAGUUUUUGAACUGUUCCCCAGGUCCUGGUGGUGGAGUAAUUCAGGGCUCAGCAAGCGAAUCAACGUUGAUUGCAUUACUUGUAGCUAAAGACAAAACUAUUCGAAGAUUAAAUAUUGUCGACCAUAUUGAUGAUGAAGAUGAAAUUAAGCCAAAAUUAGUUGCUUACACAUCGGAUCAAUGUAAUUCAUCGGUUGAGAAAGCUGGACUUCUAGGCUCAAUGAAAAUAAAGUUACUCAAAACUGACGCCAAUGGAAGACUGCGCGGCGAAACAUUAAAGAAAGCUAUAGAAGAAGAUAAGGCUAUGGGUCUGAUACCUUGUUUUGUUACCGCUACUCUUGGCACAACUGCAACCUGUGCAUUUGAUCCUUUGUACGAAUUAGGGCCUAUCUGUAAUAGGGAAAAUGUAUGGCUUCAUGUGGAUGCAGCUUACGCAGGGCCUGUAUUCAUGUGUCCUGAAUACAGACAUUUAAUGAAAGGUAUUGAAUAUGUUAGCUCAAUAGUAACAAAUCCUCAUAAAUGGAUGCUAGUUAACUUCGAUUGUUCCGCUAUGUGGCUGAAGGAUGGCCGAGAUAUUAAGCGUGCCUUUGAUGUAAAAAGAAUUUAUUUGGACGAUACAGAAAAUAAUCUAAAUAUUCCAGAUUAUAGACACUGGCAAAUACCUUUGGGCCGACGAUUUCGAUCGUUAAAAUUAUGGACAGUUAUGAGAAUUCAUGGCGCCGAAGGUCUCAGAAAACAUAUUAGAAGUCAAAUUUCGCUAGCAUUACAUUUCGCGAAGUUAGUUGGUGCGGAUGAUCGUUUUUUAAUAGAACCAGAACCAUCCAUGGGUCUAGUGUGUUUCCGAUUGAAGGAUGGAGAUAAAACGACGCAACAGUUAUUGGAAAACCUAACUAGAAAGAAGAAAAUCUUUAUGGUGGCUGGUCUAUAUAGAACUCGAUAUGUUAUCCGAUUUGUAGUGUGUUCUGCAUUGACAACAAAGGAAGACGUCGAAUACAGUUGGGAUGUUAUUAAAAUAGAAACAGACCUUAUGUAUACAAAUUUAAUACACACUUUACCCCAGAUAAAAACUAUGGAUGAAAUACUUUCAAGAGAAAUGUAUGAAAAGUUACAAUAAUAAAGCAUAACAACAAUGUUGUUUUGUAUUAUCUUGUAUGUACUUAAUUAUGAAUUAUCGUUACAAACGGGUACAUUGCUAAAAUAUGUUUAAUAUUAAAUAUUUACCUGCAGGACAAAUCAAAGACCAUAUAAAUCUAUAAUCAGGUAAUAUCAAAUAGUUUUACUGUUAUCUAAUUUUUACUUCACCUUCACCACAUGUUAUCCUUUUCAUGCACGAGUUCUUGUCUUUGCCCUUGUAUAUAGAUGUACUAAUAACUAAAGUAGUAUUUAAGGGGGUAGGGCUACGCGAAGGUCGUUAGAUACACGUAGGUCCGCCAGAGUACAUAGAUACAUUUCAUAUUUAUAAUUUUCGCCCAUUAGCCAUGCAGUGGGUCCCUAUCGUAUAAGCACUGUUGUUGUAUAUGAAAUACUUUGGCAGGGUAGUGCUUUAUAAUUGAAUUGUCAGAUAAUGUUGCUAACUUGCCACUGUUAUUGACGCUUGCAACAAGGCGAGCGAGGUACUUAAAUAAAUAUAUUGAUACGUCAUUUAACAACCUAAUUCUCAUAACAUAGAAACCAAAUGUUUUAAUGGAAGUUUUAUGAUUAUAAUACACCUACCUAGUAAGAAACCGUGUACGCAGUAAGGAUUAUAAUAUUAUGGUAGUGGUGACGUACAAGCGGUCGGGCAUGGGAUCAAUGCAAUUUGUUUUAUCGUUAUUAAAUAAAAUAUGAUGUUCUCCA